ACAACAGUCAACAACAUCAUUAGUUUAGUCGUUUAGUAAUUAAUUAAUACGUACCUAUAUUGGUACAUAACGAUUAGAAUAUUUUAUAAAUAUAGUCUAUAGCAGUACUGUUGUAGCCUGUUCGGUAAAGUAAUGAUUUAACAUAAAUGCAUUAAACAGUGCGCAUAAUGUGAUUGAACCUGUAUGCCCUUCUUUUGUCUUUGUUUCUCGAUCUCUUCUUUUGUGUCCAUAGUCUUUUAUACGUCACAAUAGCACUACAAAAUCGACGAUAGUAUUUCCUAUAAAUACUUUGUGAUUCGACGAACAUUUUGUUAUUCUACAUUAUUGAAUGUUUUGAUCCUGAUGUGUAAUAAAAUAUAAAUGUUGAAAAUGGUUUUCGCUCAGUUUAUUUUUCUAGUAAUAUUCAUUUCUCAAUUCUACGAUAAUGCAGAAUGCAUAUCAUUCUUCCAUUUUACACAGGAUCCUCCGCCAGUCAGAGAUAUUGCGUUAAUGUCUAGAUAUAUUGUUCAUCAUUCAGAUUGGGCAACAUUGUCUUACAUGGGAAAUCAGUCAUUUAUGGAUGGUAUGCCAAUGGGUAGGGUGUAUUCAAUUAGUGACGGGACAAUCAAUAAUAGUUCUGGUGUUCCUUACAUUAUGGCUUCACCAAUGGACUUAUCAUUCCAAGAUGUUGUGAAAACCAAAAACUGUUCUCUCGUGUUAAGUUUAGCACAGUCUGAUUAUUGUAAAAAAAAAUCUUAUGAUCCUGAAGAUCCACGAUGUGCACAGCUUACAUUGACUGGAAAGUUUGUAAAGUUGGAUAAAGAUGAUCCUGAAUGGAAUGUAGCAAAAACCGCUUUAUGGACUAGACAUCCCGUCAUGCGUAAAUGGAACAUUCUUGUACCAGGACAUCAUUGGCAAUUCGCAAAAGUAAAUAUUGAACAUAUUACACUUAUUGACACAUUUGGUGGUCGCAAGUAUCCAACAAUUGCUGAAUAUUUCAAAGCCACUCCAACAUUCAAUUAUUGGCCCAAACUAAGACACUCGGUUAUUACAGUUAAAAAAAAUGUCAUCAUUGAUGAAGAAUUUAUAAAUUGAUUUCAUGAAUAUUAUAUUAAAAAUUGCCAAUCAUAACUUAUAGACUGACUUUUGUGGUAUCAAUCAUUAUUUCAUAGAUAUAUAUUGUUGUAUCUUUUUGUGUUGUAUGUUUUAAAGAAAUUUAUUUUGGUAAAAUUUUUAUCAUUAAUAUAAUUUUAUUUAACUGGUAGAUUUUAUAAUAAUAUUUCUUAUGACAUAGUAAAUAUAUAUUUUUCCUAUUCAAUAAAAUAAAAUAAGGUGUAUUUUA